AUGUUUGGGUCUCGGAGAGGACUUGACGAGCUGCUGCUGUGGUGCGGCUGUCUGCUGAUGCUUCUACACAGAGUGGCAGACGCUGCAGCCGACUGUCGUUCAAACCAGCUGAAGUGCGGUAAUGGGAGGUGUGUCACGCUCAGGUGGAUCUGCGACGGAAGAGACGACUGCGGAGACGGGACCGACGAGCUCCCAGCCACUUGCGCAAACAAAAACUGUUCGGAAUCGGAGUUUAACUGCGGCCUUCCCCUGAACCAGUGUAUACCAGGAAGCUGGCAUUGUGACGGUAACGCCGACUGCAAGAACGGGGCUGAUGAGAAAAACUGCACUGCCAAAAUAUGCAAAGACAACCAGUUCAAGUGCACAAACGGCGAGUGCAUCUCCAAGGCGUUCGUGUGUGACAAGGAUAACGACUGCUCUGACGGUUCAGACGAGUCGUCCUGCCCCAAGCCCACCUGUGGCCCCAACUCCUUCCAGUGCAACAACACCAAGUGCAUCCCGUUGCUGUGGCGAUGUGACGGGGAUGCGGACUGCGAGGACGGCUCCGAUGAGGAGGCGGGGACGUGCGCGGGACAAGAGCCGGAGAAGAAGCAGUGCGGCGUGCAUCAGUUCCAGUGCGCGGACGGCGAGUGCAUUCACCGUAUCUGGCGGUGCGACGGUGGUGCGGACUGUGGCGAUGAAUCUGAUGAAGUCAACUGCACUCGGCCCACAUGUCGCCCUGACGAGUUCCAGUGCAACGACGGUGCGUGUGUUCAUGGGAGCCGUCAGUGCAACAAAGUGUUUGACUGCAGAGACCAGAGCGACGAGGCUGGCUGUGAAACAGAAAAUGAAUGCGAGGGGCCCACAAAGUUUAAAUGUAAAACUGGGGGGUGCAUCGGUGCAGAGAAGGUGUGUGACGCAAGGAACGACUGCAAAGAUGGCUCCGAUGAACCAGCGGAGUGUAAUCAGAAUGAAUGCUCCACGGAAAAUGGCGGCUGUUCGCACAUUUGUAACGAUCUGAGAGUUGGCUUUAAUUGCUCAUGUCCAGGAGGAUACAGUCUGGACACAGAUGAAAAGACAUGCAAAGAUAUCGAUGAGUGCGUCACACCAGACACAUGUAGCCAAAUUUGCAUCAAUUUUGAGGGUGGCUACAGGUGUGACUGUAUGCAAGGCUACGAAAUCGACCCUGCAACGAGCACAUGCAAAGCCGUAUCAGGAUCUGGCCCCACACUCUACUUCACCAGUCGACACGAGCUGAGACUGAUGACAGUGGACCGCAAAGAAUACAUCCGCCUGAUCCCACAGCUCAAGAAUGCAGUCGCUCUGGAUGUGCACAUACCCUCAAAUACCAUCUUUUGGUCAGACCUCUCCCUCAAGACAAUUUUCAGCACCCGCAUAGAUACUGCCAGUGACGCUUCAACUCACACUGAAGUGAUUGGCAGUGAUAUUGAAGCCCCAGAAGGGAUUGCAGUAGACUGGAUUCACGGCAACAUUUACUGGACAGACAGUGAAUUGAAAACCAUCUCUGUGGCAACCACUGAUGGAAGCAAGAGGAAAACCCUGAUCUCCGACCAUUUGGAGAAGCCCAGAGCCAUUACAGUGGACCCAGUCAAUAACUUCAUGUAUUGGACUGACUGGGGGGAAGAGGCUAAGAUUGAGAAGAGUGGGUUGAAUGGAGGAGACCGCUUGGCCAUAGUGACGGACAACAUUAUGUGGCCCAACGGCAUCACUCUUGACAUGGUUAACCAGCGUUUGUACUGGGUCGACUCCAAGCUGCACACACUCUCCAGUGUCGAUGUCAGCGGGGGGUCAAGACACAUGCUCAUUUUUGACGAGAAGCACCUUUUACAUCCCAUGUCUCUGGCAGUUUUUGAGGAGAAGGUAUUCUGGACGGACAUUGGAACUAGUGCGGUGUACAGUGCUAAUCGCUUGACCGGAGGAGACAUCACAGAGCUGGCAAGGGACCUCAAUCAUCCUGAAGACAUUGUCGUUUUUCACACACUCAAGCAAACUAAUGGUUCAAACUGGUGCCAAACGAGUGAGCUACUGAAUGGAGGCUGCGAGUUCCUGUGCCUCCCUGCUCCUCGGAUCAACAGCCGCUCGCCCCAGUACACCUGCGCCUGUCCGGAUCACUCCGCCAUGGCCGCUGAUAACAGGAAGUGUGUCGCAGUUCAACCUCCUGUGACCAGUCCUGCAGCAAUCCCUAAUGUUCCCACCACUCAAGCACCAACGCAGCCUUCUACUACUACUACUACUACUACUACUACAACUACAACUACUACCACUGCUGCAACUCCCAAUGCUUCAACAAUACUUGAACCAGCUCAAGUGAAUCACAAAUUGUCUGGAUUGCCCACUGAAGACAAGCCUUCCCAUCCAGUCGGCGCAUACAUAGCUGUGCCCCUAUUGGUAAUGUCACUGCUGAUCUUUGGGGCAGUGCUGCUAUGGAGAAACUGGCGUCUGAAAAACACAAACACCAUCCAUUUUGUCAACCCAGUGUACCAGAAAACCACAGAAGACGAGAUGCACAUUUGUCAAAACUCCACCCAGGGCUUCGUCUAUCCAGAGAGGACAAUGCUAAGUAUGGACGACUUGGACAUUGCGUGA